AAUCUGUUAAAAAUGAAAAAUUUUGUUCAAAAGGACUGUUUGCAGAAAAAUUUCUGUAGCUGUUAUUUUAUUUCAUCACAUUUCUAGAACGAGAUGUUUCAAAAUGCUUUGUAUUGCUCAAUGAUUGAACUCAUUUGAAUUUAUAAUAAAUUUUGUGAAAAAAAUUCUAACAUAAUAGCAGUAGUUAUCAAAUGAACCAUUUUGUAUUCAGUGGGAGUACAUAUUUUUAACUCGUAGCCAGCAGGCUUUCGUUUUAAUACUUCAACCGUAUUGGAAGUCCUAAUCAGUUGUUUGGUCAUUUCCUGUGGUCUUGUCCUGAUAAAGCCCAUACCCAUUUAGGGUGCAAACUUUAUUCGACAAAAUAUGUCAAGAGUAGGAAAGUUUAUGAUUUAAUUCGCUCUCGUUAAAAUAAGCUGCCAUUAUUCGUAUUUUGCACCUGUCGAAUUGCCCUAAUUCUAUGAAACACCUGCCACCUCCCUGCCUUAUCUAAGCUGACGUUGAAUUAGACAAAUAAUGGCACUGUGUUGUACUCGUUGUUUCGAGUUCUGUUUUGGAUGGAAGCAUCCAGAAUCGAGGGCUUACCCAAAACCUGAAGCUUUGGAAAACCAAGCUAUUAAAACAGUGAGGAGAAUAUCCAGUGUGGGUCAAACUGUAAUUGAUGAAAAUGGUGAAGAAAAAGAAAUACCGAGGCAUUCGAAUAUUCUUAAAUCUUUUAACGAUGUGCCUGUUCCUUGGACGAGCACUACUUUAUCCAUUCAACCAGAAUUUUUACAUAUAGGUGUCACAAAAGAAGAUGUGAUGAAUCGGAUCAAAGCUCUUCCUACGAUUGUGGAAAGCACACCAAAGCCUAAACAGAAAGGCUGGAGGAAAGCAUUGUCAAAGAAAGACAGUUACUCCCCACUUAAGGCAAAAGAUAAAUCGGACAGCAGUGUCCGUCUUUCACUUUUUGCCCCAGUCAGAAAUGUAAGCAAGUCAACUGAAGUGAUAAAUUCGAAAGAAAACCUGAAAAAGGAGGAAAACAAGGCUAAGACAUUAUCAUCUCUUAGAAGGGGCUCUUAUGGAAGCUCACCCAAUUUGUCUUCAGCUGAAGCCGUAUCUGAAAUCAGCACAUCUACAUCAAAUUUCACAUUGACCUCUCUAAGUUCAGACAAGUUUGAAAAUAAAUUACUACUUCCUUUAACGAAGCGCUGGCAACUUUCUCAGAGCAUGGAGGAUGUUAACAAAACUGAAACUGUUACUCCGGCAGAAUUAGCAAAAAGGUACGGCCUGGACAUUUCUCUUUACUCAGAGCCUUUGGACUACCCGUUGCUGAACCAAAAGUCUGUGGAAAUUAAAAAUUUGUAUAUAGCCAAGUCAGAGGGAGUGAUUGACAUGAUAGUUUCCUAUCAUGACUCUGAACAAUUGUUGACAGUAUUUAUUAAUCAGAUCAAAGGACUGUCUGGUGUUGGACCUUCAAGAGAGGCAUUUUCACCGAUGCUAAAACUUACAGUUCUUGGUGAAAAGAAACAAGUGAAAAACGAGAAAAAAAUUGCUCCCAAUUUGAACCCCAAUGUCAACCAAUAUUUUACAUUUUACGUUAAAGACAAAGAUUCUAAAACAUUACGAGUGUCCAUCUUCAAUUCAAAUUUCUCAGGAAGGAAUGAUGCAAUUGGUCAUGGGCUUUUGAACUUGAAAGGAAUUAAAGACGAACAGUCGAUUACACUGAAGAUCCAGAGACCUUCUUAUAUUGGGAAUUGUCCUGCAAUGCUUAGCAUGUCGUUUUGUUUCGAAGGGGGUGUAUUUCAUUUGACUUUGAACCAAAUUUUCAACCUUGCUUCAAAAUUCAAAAAGUACAAACUCCAAUCAAAAAUGUCGCAUUAUAGCAGCUCGAAAAAAAUCAAAGAAAAGGUGACCCCUCUGCCACCAAUUGAGGACGAAUCGAACGGCAUCCAUCUAAACCAUUAUAUGAAGUUCAAGAUCGACUCUUCGGGCCUGAGGCACGAUUACAUUCUCAUUUCGAUCAAGACGGUCGAACUGGCUAUUUUCAAGAAGAAUGAAAAGACAAUUGGACGCUUCUACUUAGGGCCUGGAUUUUACUACAAGGACAAUACCUUGACCCCUUGGGGCAGAGCAAUUCUCCAUGGGGAAAAAGUCAAUUAUAGUUUCAAAUUGUACUUGUGAUUAAAGUAUACUUCAUAUAAUAAUUCGGAAUUAUUUUGUUUUCAAACUGAAUUAUAUGCAGAUAUAUUUGAUUUGCUUUAAUAAUAUUAUUCUUUUAAUACAUAAUUU